AUGAAACAAUUGGAAGACAUAUAUUAUGACCCUUCCCAUGAGGCUUCUUACGCGGAUGUAGAAAAGAUUUCCAAGUCUACACGGGGAAAUAUUCCACGUAAUCAAGUAAUUGACUGGUUAAAGAGUCAAGAUGCAUACAAUCUCCAUCGACCUAUUAGACGUAAAUUUGCUAGACAACAUUACAGUGUGUGUAAUAUUGAUGAUGUUUGGAAAAUUGACCUAGCAGACAUGAGAUUUUUAAAAAGCUACAAUGAUGAUUUUUCCUGUCUACUGGUUGUCAUUGACGUUUUGAGCAAGUUUGUCUGGGUUGAACCACUUCAAAGUAAAACUGCAUCUGAGGUUAAAGAAGCAUUUGAACGAAUUCUUCAUAGAACCGGUGGUAGAAUACCAAUCUACCUACAGAGUGACAAAGGAAAGGAAUUUAGUGGUAAAGUUUUUCAAAAAUUCUUGUCAGAUCUUGAAAUACAAUUUCGUGUUACACGAGACCCUAGUAUAAAGGCUGCCAUUGCUGAACGUUUCAAUCGUACGCUCAAGGAGCGUAUGUGGCGGUACUUUACACGCCGUAAUACUCAUCGAUACAUUGAUCUUCUCCAACCAAUGGUACAUGCAUACAAUAAUGCUCGUCAUUCAAGCAUACGUAUGGCGCCAUCUAUAGUAAAUCUCCAAAGUGCUGCUGUAGCUUGUGCUAAUAUACAGCGACAAUUUGUAAGAGAAGCCAUUCGUAAAAAGUACCUAAAUACAGUGUGGAUGAUAUUGUACGCGACAGUCGUGUUAAAGACAUCCUUGCAAAAGGAUAUGAAGCUGGCUGGACAGAGGAGCUGUUUGUUAUCAAAAAGGUUAUCACCUGGAGAACACAUGCACCUAUCUUAUACGAAUUGA